GACAACAAUCUGUUGGUCUUUUACAAGACCCAAGACACCGUCAACAGCACCAUCGAUCGAUGGAUGGCUUUCAUCGACCAGUUCGACUUCUUUCCCGAUCACAUUCCCGGGAAGUCGAACCGUUUUGUGGAUGCUUUUUCACGGCGUCCGGAUCAUUGUACCGCGGUUUACUCAACCUUCGAGAUCGACGAUGACCUGCGGAACAGCUUCAUCCGCGGCUACCAAGCCAACCCCGAGUUUUGCGACAAGUACGCGAAUUGCUCCUCUCCUAAUCCGGCGCCUUCUCACUACCGGAUCCAAGAGGGGUACUUGCUUUUCCACACACGGGGGAAGGACCUUUUUUGCGUACUGAGUGAUCCUCACUUGCGUACACGGCUUCUUGGCGAGUUCCACGAUGCUCCCGCCACCGGACACUUUGGAGUCAAUCGCACGAUUGGCCGACUUCGCGAGCGAUUUUGGUGGCCCGGCCUUCUCGGCGACGUCACACGCUAUUGCGAGUCAUGCGAGGUUUGUCGACGUUGCAAAUCCCGCAACCACCGUCCGUACGGCGAGUUACGGCCAUUGCCGGUCCUAUUGAGGCGAAGGGAAGCGAUUGCCAUGGACAUUACCGGCCCGUUCCCCAAGCACAAGACCGGAGUGGAUGGGAUUCUCACGAUGGUCGACCGACUCACCAAGUUCGCCAUGUUUUUGCCUUGUCGCUAUCAUGCCAAGGCACCGGAGUUGGCCGAGGUUCUCUGCGCCGGUUGGAUUCGAACCAAGGGUUACCCCAAGGAAAUCGUCUGCGAUCGCGACACUCGGUUCAAGUCCGAUUUUUGGUUGGCGCUCAUCAAGCGAUGGGGCUCAUCUCUCAAGCCCAGUUCAACGCACCACCCUCAGACCGAUGGCCAAACGGAGAGAGCGCACCAGACCGCACAGGUUCUCCUUCACACUCUCAUUCGUCCUGACCAGAAGGACUGGGUUGAGCGGCUGCCGGAUGUCGAGUUGGCCUACAACUCUUCCAUCCACCCCGCUAUCGGGAUAUCGCCUUUCGAGUUUGAGCACGGCUCGCCGGUCACUUCACCGUUGGACACUAUUACUCCACAAACGACUGAGAGCGACGACCAUCUUCUUUUCUUGCGUCGGAUGCAAGAGCUUCUUGUCAAGGCACGCGACCAAAUGGCUAAGACGCAGCAGCGCAUGAGCCAGCAGGCCAAUGGCCAGCGUCUUCCUUGCCCAUUUCGCGUCGGCGACCUCGUUUGGGUUUCCGCAGCGGAAUUCAGCCUUGAACAAGACAUCUCUCGCAAGCUCCUCCCGAAAUGGAUGGGGCCUUGCCAACCUAAUGAUGAUAGAGAUAAUGAUGAUGAUAGUAAUGAUGAUAGCGAUGAUGAUGGUGAUGUUGAUAAUGAUGAUGGUGAUGUUGAUAAUGAUGAUGGUGAUGAUGAAGAUGAUGAUGGUGAUGUUAGUAAUGAUGAUGAUGAUGAUGAUGAUGAUGAUGAUGAUGAUGAUGCGUCUCUGUCCUUCACGAUCAAGCAAUUGGAUGUGCCGAUUCUAGACGCGGUUAAGUGGACGCAAUGGUGGCAAGCCUACGUGGCACUCAAUUUUUGCCUCCUUGAGGUCGUCUUCCAUUGGGCGGAACUGAUAGACAUGAGUGCGGAGGACGAGAUCCCGGACGACGAGGUGGAGUUGCUGCUCAUCCAGGGGUGGAGAACGGACACGGAGGGAGAUUUUUUGGGGAUCUUAUUCGGAGAAGUGCACGACGGCCAUCUGAGCUCCAUUACGGAUGAACUGCUGGUGCUUCUAACCCGAGUGCUGGACGAUUUGCCAUUGGAGAUCCUCUCACAUUGUGACGAGAGGGCGAGGACAGCCACGAUCGCUCGUACCCUGAAGCCACAUCUUCUUCGGUCCACUUGUACGGAAUUGGAAAAGGGCAACUACUACUUACCCUCGAGAGGUGCAUACCUGAGCGUCGACAUCACUGAUCUCUCCACGUGGGACCCACUCAUCCGGCGCGUUCCUCUAGGAGAGACCAGCAAGGAAGCCGAAGAGGAGGAGGAAGAGGAAAGCCACGAGGGCGGCCACCGUCAAUAUACGGAAGGAGAGACAACGCCAGAAAAGGAGGAAUCGGGGGCUGAAUCAGACAAUCUCGAUUAUCAAGAAUCGGAGGACGGCGAGUCGGAAGAGGCCAGUUCGGGGCAGGUGGAGUCGGAGGAAGAAGAAGGUGGAUCGGGUGAGUCGCGUAGUCUCGACGAAUUGAGCAGAGAAGAACGAGAGGCUGUGGCACAGAGGAAACGGGCAGCAUCAGAAGGAAAACGACAGAUCCAAGAAUUAGGAGGGCCACCACCGCAACUGCUGCAAGGCGAUCCGGCGCGCAAUCCAGAACCACCGCGGGAAGAAGAUGAAAGAGAUGGAAACGCCACCGCAGAGGGAUCAAGAAGCCGGCGCCGCCGAAGAAGCAAACUCCCUUGGAAACUGAAUUCAAUCACUUUUCAAACGUUAGUAUACCUCGUGAGGGUGGGUGGUUGUUCUGGAAGUCGACCUGAAACUCAGGGCAUCAUGGAGGAAUUGCCGCAGACGAUUCCUUCCAAGACGGAGCUCUUAAUGAGAGCAGAGAAAUUGUGCUAUGCUGAGCGCAUGGCCCUUGCAGGUCAAAUUGGAAAGACCCAUCAGGGUUCAGAAGCAGUUGCAUCACUCAUAAAAGAGCUGACAUGUGCGAGCAUUCAACCAUCGCCAGCUGUGGGCAUCAAGAGCUUGAGUGGCAACAGUUCCUCCUUACUGACAGGCUCUGGCGAGACUACAGUUGCGGAGAACUACAUGUGCCAUCACCUGGGACUGGUCAUGGCUUCGUCAUACCGGCAAUCUUUACCCUCACGACGCAGUCAAUUGACCAUGGCAGCUCCGCCAUCAUCAUUGGCACCGGGGGAAAGUUCUUCCAUCUCUUCGAGCCCUAAUGUUGGCAUCGGAGAGGAGGUGCUGGAACGGCAGUGGAACUGCCGGUCGUUGCUUUUCAAGGACCUUGCAGCGAAAGAAGUUGUCAGGCAAACUGUGGAUGAUGAAUUGUUGCUGGAAAAGCUGACGCAGGCCUCAGCAAAAAUGUGUCGAAAGCUUGUUAAUGCAUGCGCGAGGCAACGCCGAGUGGCAGUGCUUGAGAGCUACUGUGACAAGCUCCGUGAAGCAGGGAAUGACGCCGAGGUUGUGCGCAUCUUGCAUUCUUGCAGCAGUGGCUAUGUUCGCGAACAUCUGCCUGCAGGCGACUGGACGGAAAGAAUGGCAAAAUUUCAUGGAGAAUUCCUACUUGACCUUUUGAGGGACAAGCUUCUGGCCACUGCUGGUGACAAAAAUGCGCAGAGGGAAGUGUGGAGUUCCUGGGUCUCCAAAAUACAGAGCUUGCACAGUUUGCUUUCGGCUGGCGAUUCACGACAACGGUGCAAGAAGUUUGCCGAGGUUCUUAUCGAGUUUUCUCCCUCUGAAAAUACUAGAAUGGAUCAGGUUUUUCAGUGUCUCAAGAUGCUAUUCGCACAGUCUGAAAAGGAAAUGGAGGUAUUCCUGACAAAGUAUGGCCCAAAAAACAUAGAUGGAUGGGAUGUUAGGUGCAUAUCAGAAACAGAUUGGCACGCAUCUGGGUUGAUCAGGCGAAGGUUUGAUCUAUACAUAGACCAGCUGCGAAGGUCUGCGGAAAUGACGACUGCUGCAACAUUCUGGUUGCAUAUACGUCCACAAGGUGACUGGAGAGAAAAUGAAUUUUCCAAUUGGUAUCAGCUAUUUUCUGGACACUUGAAGGCCUUUAAUCCACUGAGUAUUCAACUGAAUGGCCUGACAUCCAACCAGAUGAAUGAAGUAGUGUGGGUGGUCAGGCAGUUCAUGGAAUCGAUCAAGCCUUCCAAGGAGAACUGGGAGAAAUGGAGCAAGGGCGCAUCCGACAUGGCUCCUGGACGGUUGUCUGUUGCGCCGAUGUGGGAGAGCGAUGUGUUUUUUUUCCAUGAUUUUCUGAGAGAGACAUUGUUAGAGUUGUUUGAGUGGCCAAUGCACGAAAAGAAACGUUGCGAUUGGCCCACAAGGUCGGUCGUGAAGACAUGGCAGGCCAUGGAGAAAGUGUGGGUAUCUCACUGGGACUUCCUGAUGGAUGGGAUGUUUGCAGAUGGGAGUAUGCGCUUGUGUCAAAAUCCCAGGUGGUCAGUGCUUGCCUCAGAUCGUCUGUGGAACAUGGUGGUGAGGUUUUCCCCUCAGCGCAUCGGUAUGUUCUUUGAUCGCCUAGAGACCUUCCUUGACCAACGGUGGGCCCACGCACGGGAACUGCAUAUCAAUGCAGAUCCUGUGAUCAGUCAGGUCUAUGAGGGCUUCUGCUCUGCUUGGCUGAAUUGGUACCCUACUCGGGAUUGCUGGCAUCCUGCAACUCGGUAUUGCUGGCAUCCUGCACAAUGUUACAAUGAUGAUGAUAAGAACACACUCCCCACUGAUCUUCAGGCGGAGACACAGGCCGUGUGUGACAGAAUUGUUUCCCACUGGUGGCAGCACCACAUGAUGCCAGGUCUUGCGAAGGGACAGUGGAAUGUAAAGUCAGAAAAGGUCGUGGUGAAGCUUUUUGCUUUGGGGUCACCAGAUGUGAGGAGCGAGCUGAUUGGGAAAGCAUUCCUUGGGGGCUCCAUAGUGGAGGAAUCCCCCUUCAGAUCUUCUCAUUCUUCCUUGCCUCUGGAGGUAACAGGGAAGCACACCACUUGGAAUGAGACUUGUCAUGAGGACGUCAUACCGUUGCUGGAAUCGUUGCUGUGUACAGAUCCUCGGCCGGCCAAGGAAAUUGACUACGACAGCUCGCUAUCAGGCACUGAUACUGAUUAUCUUUAUACAAAGCAAUGGCCUCUUCUCCUCCGAUUGGUUUGCCUGCUGCCCAACCAGGCACGUGGGAGGGUUGCUACAAUGUUGCGGGAAAGCCAACAGGUGCAGAGCCAGUUUCUGCGCUAUGUGAUGUCAAUUACUGACCUUACAAAGCUGAAAGAGCAAGAUGAAAUGAUCAAACAAUGCUCAUUGCCUAGCCCUUCUGAGCGUCAGGAGGUUGCGGCAGCAUUGUAUGCUGCCAGUCUACGCACAGCUACGCAUAUUGAACUUGAGCGUACCAUCCAGUUGCUUGUCCAGAAGGUUAGGAGUGCGGUGUCUGAAGAACAGGACUCCUACUUCGACGUGCUUUUUAGUCACAGGGACAAAUAUCUGGAGCUCUGCAUUUCUUCGAAUUCAUGGUUCAUGUCAGGAUCCAGCGAAGAACAGGUUCUUCCAGGGAUGAACACUUGCCAGGAUGAACAGCGAUUUGUGCAGUCAGGGCAGCAAACAGCAGUCAAGUCACUGGGAAACAGGGACUUUGCAGAAGGUCAGAAGACCCUGUGGUUGCAGCUUUUGCAGGACGUUUGUGCUUCCUCGCAAGCCAGAUGGGCACCUAGUAGGAUGGAUUCUUGCUCUGACUUUGCAGAAGAUGUGUUGACUCGGGUUGCUCAGUCCUGGAAGGGCAGUGAGUCGCAAAGCGAGGUGUGUUUGCCAUACCCAGCACCUGCAUGCUCUUGGUGGGACCUGGGUGUAGAGAUGCAGUGGCGAAUACAUGUCCAAAAGCUCGGGUCAGGUGAACUGGCUCGAUCGUCCUUCAUCAUUGCUUUGGAUUGGCCGAGCUUUGAUUGGGUGAGUCGGUCACAUGAGAAUUAUGCCACUUGGGAAGCAAGAGAGAUGUGGGUGCAGCGAUGCAGACAGUUGUGUGAUGCUCUGUAUUUCUCAUACGAAAGGUUGUUUCACAGUACUGGUGGCAACCGUGUGGGGGUAGUGGGCUGCCAGCAGUUAGAUGCUAUGGUGGAUGCAUGUGGAGCAUUGUGGACCGAGGUUCCCCGCCUGGUUGGAGUCCUGAAAGAAAAGCUUGCUCUUCUGCAUUGUGGGCAUGGUGGCAUGGAGGAAGGGACAGGUGAAGUGAAGGAAAUCAGGGAGCUGUUCAAGAAACUUCUCGACAAUCAUUCCCGUGGUCCAGGUGCAUCUAUGCAGAAGCCUCGAAGGAAGCGUCAGGGAGGGCGACAAGCGAAGACACGCAGACCUCUCCAUAGGAGCCGACAACCCUGGUAUGCUGUAAGUGUGCUGCGUGAAUUUGUGAAUGGUGAACUCCAAGAGCGCACUGCAGGCAGGGCAUUCGACGUUGUUUUCAUGUGGUAUGUCGACAGAGUAUUGGGCUCUCAGAGGAAUGGAUUGAGUAAGGUGGCUGCAAAACGAGAGGCUGUGACGUGGCUCAUAAGCGAAUGUGCUUCUGCAAUACACCUCCGCUUCGUUCAGCAGUUCAUGUUGCACUAUGCUCAGGAUAUGCUAACUCCAUUCCUGCAAGGGAAGGAGUUGUUUGAGGGACGGUUCUAUAUUGACCCAUGGGAUGAACCAGAAUAUGGUGAACCCCAGAGGCUAGCUAGCGAGAGGUCCGUGGAUGGUAAUGUGAUGAAUAAACAAUUUAUUAUCAAGGCAACAAGCAAUCUGCAUCGACUUAGUACGGCACAAUGCAACAUGCUGCUGGAGCAGCUGGGCCAUGAGUGCGCUGAUGUGUGUGUGCCGCUAAGCCGACGAAGUCAGUGCGCACAGCGUAUAACGUACUUGCCUGUUUUCUCACCAUCUUGCCUGAUGUCUGUCCUUGCGAGAUGGGGAGGUGCGGAACUGGAUGCAGAAGCAGCCACUCUGCAGACUGACACCUCCAGCCACUACCUCUCUGAUGAAAGUGAUUAUGUGAUGUGCCCUUCAGACAUCUCUGAAUUAUCUGAGAGUAUAAAGGAGAUGGACUUGGAGAUGCCCACUGUGGAUCGAGUAACAGCUGAGUCAGAAGCAUCGUUGGCUUCCCCUCACUUUGUGGACUAUGCACCGAGCCUGCCUGCGGCAGUGCUUCUGGAGUUGUUUAAGGGCCUCAAACGAGUACACGAGCCAUUGGCCUCACUCCCGCUUGCAGCAGCAGAGCCUGUUGUUGCUGCAUUUCCGGUGGAAGUGAGUUUGCCUCUUAUUUGGAUCUGUAUGCCUCUCUACCCGAUGGAUGCGAUCUGGAAAACAAUUGAUCAGCUGGCGACAGUCGCAUGCAAGAAUAGGAUGAGGAUGGUCACAAUUAUGAAAGACAUUGUUCGACUAGCAAUCUGCAGCUUGCAGCAGCCAGUGCUUACAGCUGGAGGGCACGAUGAGCAGGCAAUCAGACUCAGAUCCCUUUCUCUACUCAAAAGGCUGUGGUACGGUAAAGUCACUCAUUGUGAUGUUCUGUUCGUCAUCUUGCGAGAAGUUGCUGGUCUUGCAGUUCAGCCAAACACAAGCCCUGAAGUUCUGAAAGUUGUGUGGGGUAUUUUGAGGUCGAGCCUGACGCGCUGCCGCAGCAAGAGGGAAGUGCUUGCUGCACUCAUGCUAGGCAUACCGGAGCCUUUUUUGAAGUCCGCACUCCACCGCACAUAUACUAAGGAGGAUUUCCGACGUCUGGGAACACAAGUAAAUGCGUUCUGCGAUUUUUUGUCAACAAAGAAGGAGUUCAGCAUCCCCACAGAGAUGUGUAGGCAGUACUUUGAGACCGCCAUAGCCCCCAUCUGCGAGCAUUCCAGGAUAAGCGCGGAGGAACGAGGUCUUAACAAAGCUCCUUCACCAUUUGAUUGGGUCAUUCAUGCUUAUGCUGUUACGUCUCUGGGAAUGUGGGCUGAUGUGAUUCUUCAUGACCUGGGGAUUGAACCCCAGGUGACUCAGUUAGCGAAACAAGUGGCUUUGGACCUUUCCAUAGCAUUUGUUCUCCAUCCAAAUAUAGAGUUUCGGAAAAUGAACUGGUUUAUGCAGUGUUGCUGCAUCGGUGUGUUACAGCAAGGAGGUGGGUUGACUUCUCGCCGUCCUCCCAUUGAAAACCACACAGCCUCCACUGCCAGCGUAUCGAGGUCUCCUGAUAAUCAGCACCUGAAAGAAGCCCUCUCUGUGUAUCUUUCACUGUUCCAAUCGGACGGCAAUAGCCACGAUGACCACCAUCGUCAUGCCCUUUUAGAAGCAUGGAGUCUGGAGUGGCAUGGAUUUGCGCCAUCCAGUCCAUUGCCAUUGUGGAUACAGCGUGUUAUGAAAGAGCACAUGGUCAACUUGUCUUUUGUGUUGAUCAACACACAUCAUGAACAAAUUUUGGAGUAUGGAACAAGGGUUGACGAUUGGACCAUUGCGCACUGGGAGGCCCUCUGUGGGGUGGCAUUGGUGGCCGAAAGGCUUGCUGGUGAGCAGCUAUUUCUCCAAGAGAUCUGGUCCAUUCGAAUCACUUCUUUAGUUCGUGCAGUUUUGGGAGCCAUCAAGAGUGACAAUAGCUUGGAGGGGCUUGAUUUGUUGAAGGAAAAGAUGACGGAGUGUUUGCUAAUCCAUGAAAGACUGGGUUGUCCCAUGUCAGGUAAACAGGUCGUCGAGUUCCUAUACGGAGCACAUUGCGAUGUUGAUUUGUUUUAUGAAGAAAAUAUGAGCACACUUCUGCAGUGGGCAGUUGUGGAUGCUAUACUCGGUUGCGAUCUGCCACUCGGCUUCAUGGGAAGGUGCAACCGGCUGCAGUUAUGUUUGCAAUUCUUGACCAUGAACCUGAACACCCACGGACUCAUGUUGGUACCUGAUGCCCUCCGCAAUGACCUGACAAGUCGCAUAAAGACUGGAAAGCAUAGAAUUCUGAAGGUGAUAGCGGAUUUGCUCCACAGCUGCGCCGAGGACAGUGCUGGAGAACAGCAAGGACUGGCUGUGGCGGACUCGCACGAAAGACAGGUCACGACAGUAGCAGUAGCUGAUUUAAUGGAGCGCUGGGAGCUCGUAAAGGGAUGCCUGCAGCUGUUGGCCAAUCAGUAUAACCUGUUCUUUCCAGGCAAAGACGACAUAGCACUGGGCAAUGUUGUUGAUGGGAUAGUGACGUUGCUGCAGCAGUGGAGGGGGCGUACGCAGCUCAAGGGAUCCGUAGUUGCAAUCAUAAAAAUACUGAUAGCAAUACUGGAAAAGGCAUCCCUGCACGCAUCGACUGUUAACGUGCCGGCAGUCCUUAGUGUGUGGCUGUCGAAGUUCAUGGGAACCUGGAAAUCUGCUGAGCAAGUUACAAUGGAGUGUUCAAAUUCUGAGGCCGAUGGCAGCAACGGUGUUCUAGACUUGUGUGAGCUCAUUGUGAUGAACUUGAUUGCAGACGCACCGGACCUGGUUGCGAGCAUUCUCACAAAUGCUUCGGAGUUCUCACUCCUUGGCCUGUGUGCUGUUCGAGCUGCGUGCUGUGGGACUCGUGAGGAUAUUGACUUCGAGCAGGUAACUUCCUGUGGAACAGAUGCGACAGAGGCCUGCGGAACAGAUGCGACAGAGUCCUGCGGAACAGAUGCGACAGAGGGAGUUGUUGACUUGUACUCCGCCUGGUGCAAGAAACCGAUGAUGAUCCCUUCUUCUUCGGAAUUCUCUUCCAAACCUGCUGACGAUCCCAGGUUGGGCACUGUCAGUGGAAGAAUCCAGGAAAUACAGGAAUCGUUCCUGGUUCUCAUGUCCCAGGUGGAGACUGAUGUGCAUUUGUUGUUGAAGAGUGUGGAUGUCAGUGAUCGACACUUUGCAGUCACGCACGGGGUAGAUAGGUCACAGACAACAGUCAGUCUGCGGAAACGAUCCAGAGGCGAAACCGGGGAGGACAAGGAGAGACAGCCACAAACCAUUGGGGAAAGGAGACAACUGGUAAUGCGAACACAGGAGAAGUACUGGAAAACUGCGUUGCAUAUUUUAGCUAAGCAUACGCAGUACCUUUUCACCCCAAGCACGGCGAAGCGAACCAUCCAGUUUACGAAAAAGGCGUUGGCAAUGCAGGCUUGCUUUCCUCUCAAGGACUGGCAAAGGGCAGGGUGCUCAAAGUGGACAGAACUGAAUGUGGUUGUGAGUGCCCUGGAUAUACUGGAGAGUGUCUAUGCCAGUGACAAGAAGGAUGGUGACGAUGAUGCCAAACUGUCGCUGAAAAAUGGGACGUUGGAAGCUCUGGCCGCAUUCAUCGGGCCUUUUGGCGGAAAUGGCGAUGCAAGGAGAGUGACUUUCGAAGACAGCGAAGAGACCGUUGUUGAUGACCCUUAUGGUUCUUUGACGGAGGAUCACGCGGUCAACUUCAGGCAGCUAUGCUUAUACGUUGGCUUUCAACUAUUGAAGUCUACUGGCCCUCACUAUUUACACAGACAGACCUGGAGCAUUGGAGAUCAGAGGAGCGGCAUGGAGAGAGACACAAACAGCAGUUGGAGCGGACGUGGAACAUUCCAAGUGUGGGAGCCGGAGUUUGUUGCAGCCUUAGAUGCUAUCAGCUUGCAGAAGAUUGAUCUCAAACUAGUGGCUGAGACACACUCCUUACGGGUCGUUGACACUUGGGCACUGUUCAGAGGAGGCAUACCCGACAUAGUGUCACAAAGCUAGAGUAGUAUAAGGAAAAAAAGAUUCUUCGACCACCGGGCAAGCAAUGAAAAACCAUCCCUGCU